CAACAACUCCUGCCUGGAGCGCGACGCGGGGAAGCAUUGUAGUUGGAAUCCUUCACACAGCUCUCUGCUUCACCCGCAAAAAUUCUUCGAUUUGAGCAACUGCUACCUGAAUAUCGUAUUCAAAAUCACCAACGUCGCCAUGGAAGUAGCGGAUCAGCUUAACUCGCCGCUGUUUAGUCUACCUCUCGAGAUUCGGACUCGAAUCUACGACUUCUACCUUGCCUUCGACGACCGGGACUUCGGGUACACCAAACGUCCCCUUUUCGUCUACCUCGACAACGGCGAAUAUUCGAAGGGGCUUCCCUCCUUGAUGCUGGCAUGCAAGCGAUCAUACCAAGAGAUGCGCACGCAGGUCCACCACGAAUCCAUUCUGCGAGUGCUGAUGUCGCAAUGGAGCCCUCGCAUCGGCUUUGCAGUCCACGGCAAUCUCCGGUAUGACCGGCUGCACAAGCUCUACCUGAUCGUAUCCAUGGAACACCCCUACUGGAAUCGGUGGCUGGGGUUCUUUGAAGAGAUCUCCCACCGGAUCUCGGGACUGAGGGAGCUCGUCGUCGACUGGGAGCCCAGGCAGUUUAAUCUUUCGGGAAGAGAAGCUGCCUUGCACGAGAAGAAGGAGAACCACUUCUUGCGGCUCGUGGGAGGGCUGAAGGAGCUGCGGUUGAUUCGGCUGUAUGGAGACAUUCCGCCUCAUUGGACCAAGAAACUUGAGGAGAUGACCGCCGCGCGCAUCAUCUCUUUUAAACUCAGAUGGUGGAAGGAGCCUGGAAGGGACUGGUGAGCGCUCGGACUUGGGGACUGGCGCUUCGUCCGCGCGUCCCGCAUCGGGGAAUUUGCCCACCACUGUCGGCCAGACACGACGCCCGUACAGCUCU